CUUGAACACUGCAAUGUUAUUAAGCCUUUCAAAAAACUACAGCUUGAAUUCCAGCUCUCAGGAAAGACUAGCAUCCCAAUGUAGGAUACAUGGCACAAGAUACAUAAUCGAGGAACAACAGUAAGGAUUGAGUGGAACAUCCGAACAAAGGAAAUGUCUAAGCGAGCAGACGCCUCACAGUGUGGUGGGGUUGUGGUCGAGUUUGAGGCUGACGACAUCAGGGAUGCAAGAGCUAAAAGAGCGAGGAGUAUACCAGGUUCAGCUCUUAUCUACCUCAAGGGUCCCAAGUUUCUCAUCUAUGUCAGUGGAGCAUUGUCUAUGUGGGGCGACCGCAUGUGGCACUUUGCAAUUUCUGUGUUCCUGAUUGAGCUGUAUGGCCGUAACCUGCUGUUGACUGCGGUGUUUGGGUUGGUAGUGGCUGGGUCUGUGCUCAUGCUAGGUGCUUUGAUUGGAGACUGGGUUGAUCGCAAUCCCAGGAAUAAAGUUGCACAUGCAUCUCUUUUCAUUCAGAACAUCUCAGUGACAGUAUGUAGCAUUGUGCUCAUGUUGGUGUUCUCAUAUAAGCAAAGGAUUGAACAGAUCUGGGAUGGAUGGCUUACUGUGGUUUGUUAUACGGUGGUGAUCGUCCUGGCAGAUGUGGCAAACCUUGCAAGCACAGCACUGACCAUUGCCAUUCAGAGGGACUGGAUUGUGGUUAUCACAGGCUACAACCGAGGUCACCUAGCUGGAAUGAAUGCAACCAUGAGGCGGAUAGAUCAGGUGACUAACAUCCUGGCCCCACUAGCAGUGGGACAGGUCAUGACCCUGGCCUCCAAUGUAGUUGGCUGUGGCUUCAUCCUGGGCUGGAACCUUGUGUCUCUCAUUGUGGAGUUCUUCUUCUUGUCACGGGUGUACCGCAUCGUCCCUGCUCUUUCAGUCAAACCACCAGUGGUGGAGGUGGAUCAGGUGUUUCUGCAGAGGGUUGAGAGGAGAAUGUCACAAGGGGAAGGUAAUGUUGCACAACCUCAACCUCUGACCGAAAGAAACUGCAACACAGGCCUGCGCCUAAAAGAAAUCACCAACCUGCCACUGUGUUUCCGGAGGUUUCGCUGGCUGGUGAGCACCUGCAAGGACGGCUGGAGGGCCUAUUAUCGCCAGCCUGUCUUCUUGGCAGGAAUGGGUCUGGCUUUCCUCUACACCACAGUGCUGGGCUUUGACUGCAUCACCACUGGCUAUGCAUAUACUCAGGGCAUAAGCGGCUCCCUCCUUAGUCUGCUGAUGGGUGUAUCAGCUAUCACAGGGCUGAUGGGCACCGUGAUGUUCACCAGACUCAGGAAGUCCUAUGGCCUGGUUAACACAGGCAUCAUCUCAAGCUGCAUUCACCUGGGCUGCUUGCUGCUGUGUGUGUGCUCUGUGUUUGCCCCUGGCAGCCCUAUGGAUCUUAGCUUGCUGAUGCCCUACAUUACCUCCAACUCCUCCUCUGAGCUUGGAGGGAUGGCAAGCCAAAGGCAAAAACACACUUAUCCUCUGAGGGGGGGCAGCAAUCAGCCACUGCUACCUGACCGCUCCUCCAUCCACUGGACCAACAACACUGUGCUCUUUGACAACGUCCCCUCUGACACAGCGCCAGAAUCUUACAUCUCCAUUAUCCUUCUGUUCUUGGGUGUCAUUACAGCACGCAUUGGUCUCUGGUCCUUCGACCUGACAGUGACCCAGCUCCUGCAGGAGAACAUCUGUGAGUCAGAGAGGGGUGUGGUAAAUGGGGUGCAGAGCUCCAUGAAUUACCUGAUGGAUCUGCUUCACUUCAUCAUGGUCAUCUCCGCUCCACAGCCACAGCACUUUGGCAUCCUAGUUAUCAUUUCUGUAUUAUUCAUCACCACUGGGCACACUAUGUACUUCCUGUACGCACACAAAGCCAAGAGAAAACGCCGCCUCGACACAUAAGGAGCAGACAUGGCCCACACAUCCAGACGAGAGAUGCUUAUCAGCACUGACUCCACUCUGCACCUGUGAAAUGAAUGUCUCCCUCCUAUUCCGUCAGCAAUCUUAUUGCUCCACUCCCGACUUAGUCAUUCAUUUCAGCACAACACAGCAAGUGCCUGUCCCAUCUUGUUUGCUUUCUUCCUGCAGGGCCAUGUGCCACAGCAGCAAACAAGAACUCAGGUGAAAUAGAGUGGGAGACACGCUCUCCCUUCGUGUACAUAAGUUGAGGUGGCUACAAUAAAUGCAGCAAUGGUACCUCCAGGGGAAAUGUCCUAAUCUAAUGUACAACAGGACACAAAGGUAGCGGCUAAGGCACCAGCACAUGCCUUUGCAAAACCUGAAAGACUUUCAUCAAACAAGCCUGUUAACUUACAUAGCUUUUUGGAUGGGAGGGUGGAUGGAUGGAGCACUUUUUCUAACCUUCACUCAGUAAAGAACUGGUGUUGUGAGGAAAACUUAACAGUGAUAUGCAAAUGCAAACAAGACGAGACAGUACUUCUACAAGUGGCAUCGAUGUUACUGAUCCGUCCACUUGGAAAUAUUCCAGGAUGUCCAAAAAGGAACAUAAAGGGAACUUGAUGUGAAAUUGUUUCAUUAGAAAAAAAUAUCUGAAAGGCAGCCCCCCUUUUAAUGGACAGAAGUGAAAGGACAAAGUAUUCCCUUCCCCUGGUUUGUUUCUCUGUGGAUGAAUCAAGCAAACAUUUGCCUUUCUUUUAUGCAUGUAAACCUUGGUUAUGGAUAACAACAACAAAAAGUAUCACAUCAUGCCAUGGACAAACUUUAAUGCAAACUAUUUUAUUCUAAUUGCUUGUGUACUUAGAUGAAAAAAAUAGUGUCCAAACUUUAUUUCCUUCCCAUAUAAAGAGUGAUAUUAAUAGUUUUAUAGAAAUCCAAGAUGAAAGCAAUCUUCAUUUUGUGACAUGUUUGAAAUCAGUAAUACCUAUAUGUUGACAGCAAAUGUUGAUCACUGCUAUCGGCAGUGUUGUAUUACACUUUGCUUUUAUUCUUUUGUAGUUCUGAUGAACUAAACAUUAUCUUACCUCAACUAAGAACAAGAACAAUGUUGGGAAUAUGACUUGGGAAUUACUCUCAGCUACUGUAUGUUUUCAUAUUUCCUUCAUGUACAGUGGAAAUAACAUCAAAGUUUAACCUUGUGUCAUACAACCAGCAACACAUCUCAAUAUAUUUGUAUACUUUUCCUGUGAAAUUUCUGUAUUAUAUGUUGUCCUAUUUUUUCAGACUGAUA